GUCAGAGGGAGUGACACAUCCCUCUCCAGUCCCUCCUCCUCACCCAUCCGCACCUUUACUCUCACGUGCUCGUGGGCACUUACGCAGAAGUGAGCCCCGUGACUCUGCCAAAGACGAGCCUGUUGGGUUUAAAGGAGGAAAAUAAAAAAAACCUUAGGCCAGGUCCCAGCAUUAAAAUUGUUACCUCAAAGAAGCUGAGUGGAGAAGUGUGAAGAGAUGAAUGGACCAGUGGAUGGCUUGUACGAUCAUUCUCUAAGUGAGGAAGGAGCAUUCAUGUUCACAUCGGAAUCUGUAGGAGAGGGGCACCCGGAUAAGAUCUGUGACCAGAUCAGUGAUGCAGUGCUGGAUGCCCAUCUCAAGCAGGACCCCAAUGCCAAGGUGGCCUGUGAGACGGUGUGUAAGACGGGCAUGGUGCUGCUGUGCGGGGAGAUCACCUCCAUGGCCAUGGUGGACUACCAGCGUGUGGUGCGGGAAACCAUCAAGCACAUCGGCUACGACGACUCUGCCAAGGGCUUUGACUUCAAGACCUGCAAUGUGCUGGUGGCUCUGGAGCAGCAGUCCCCGGAUAUCGCCCAGUGCGUCCACCUGGACAGAAAUGAAGAGGAUGUCGGUGCCGGAGAUCAGGGCCUGAUGUUUGGCUAUGCCACGGAUGAGACGGAAGAGUGCAUGCCCCUCACCAUCAUGCUGGCGCACAGACUCAAUGCCCGCAUGGCAGAGCUGCGGCGCUCAGGGCAGCUCCCCUGGCUGCGGCCUGACUCCAAGACACAGGUGACAGUGCAGUACACGCAGGACAACGGCGCGGUCAUCCCUGUGCGCGUCCACACCGUCGUCAUCUCUGUGCAGCACAACGAAGACAUAACGCUGGAGGACAUGCGCAGAGCCCUGAAGGAGCAGGUGAUCAGGGCUGUCGUGCCAGCACAGUACCUGGACGAGAACACCAUCUACCACCUGCAGCCCAGUGGGCGGUUUGUCAUCGGAGGCCCCCAGGGGGACGCUGGUGUCACUGGCCGAAAGAUCAUCGUGGACACCUACGGCGGCUGGGGGGCACACGGCGGGGGCGCCUUCUCCGGGAAGGACUACACCAAGGUGGACCGCUCGGCGGCGUACGCUGCCCGCUGGGUGGCCAAGUCCCUGGUGAAAGCAGGGCUCUGCCGGAGGGUGCUUGUGCAGGUGUCCUACGCCAUUGGUGUGGCUGAGCCACUGUCUAUUUCCAUCUUCACCUAUGGAACCUCCCAGAAGACAGAGAGAGAGCUGCUGGAUGUGGUCAAUAAGAACUUUGACCUUCGGCCUGGUGUCAUCGUCAGGGACUUGGACUUGAAGAAGCCCAUCUACCAGAAGACGGCGUGCUACGGCCACUUUGGGAGAAACGAGUUCCCUUGGGAAGUUCCCAAAAAUCUUGUGUUUUAAUGCUGGUGGGGUCCAGGCUGGCGAGCCCUGGAGGCUUCAGAUGGGACAGAGCCACGCUCCUCUCCUCCAGGACCCCAACUCUCAGAUCACCCGCUGCCUCCUUCCUGGGCAGAGCCAGGCCCCUCUGACUUAGCAGGAGGAAGGGGUCCUUCCGGUGCCGGGGCUCAGAUCUCCUCAUGAGGCCAGUCACUAUGUUUUCCUGCCUUUUGCCCAGACCAAGGUGAUGUGAAUUUAGUGGAAAUAGCACCCCUGUCAGAGGAAACCUGCUCAGUCACCUGCCCCCACAGCCGGGACCCUGAGCGGCCCCUCCCUCCUUGGUGUGUGCUGGGAAGAUCUCGGGGCUCCGUGAAGGUUUUCUGGGUGUGCUGGGCCACCCUUCACGUCUGCAGCCAUGUGGUCAACGUCCUGAGCCCGGCCCUCCCAGGCCAUGCUUGUGGCAGGGAUGACAGCAGCUAGCGUGAAAGAGACUGAGCUCAUCACUGAUCUCAUUUCUUCUUCACUGCAAUAUGAUGAGGUGACACCUUGCGUUACCUGCGUUUAAGGUGAGGCGGCUGAGUCAACUUUCACAGGGCCCACAGCUGCAUGGGUCAGGGCCUAGACGUGCAUCUGGGAUCUUUGAAUUGUGAGCCCAUACACCUUGACCCCUCACCCUCAGCACCGCCUCCCACCCCAGUCUCAUGGUAGAAACAGGUCUGAGUGAAGAGAUGAGGCUGUGACCUCUGUCCUGAGGACCUGAGGUUGCUGGGUGUUAGGGGAUCGACCCCCUUGGUGACCCCUGAGCAGUGAUCUACAGAGCCAAGACAGAACCAAAGGGAUGUUUCCUUUGCCUCUGUAAUUUCAGAAGAUAGAUCAGGGUGUGCUGGAUAUCCUGGCCCAUGGGGCUGGGCUGGAGUUUGAAAUUAAGAGGCACCUAUGUUAUCCCAGCCCCUGACUACUCAGACAUGCAGGGUUGGGCCCGUGGACUCCUGCGAUGUGGGUCCAAGGCGAGUCCUGUCCCAUAUAGGGCUUCCUAGAGCAGGAGCAGCAGCUUGUCCCUUACACAAGGGAUGGAACCCUGCAUCCUCUGCAUGUUUCCCUCUCUCUGACCCUUUGUAACCCCUGCAGUCUGAGUGCUGUUGGAAUAAGUGGGUGAGCCUCUCAGAUGCCCCUUCAGCGAGGACAGCUCAAAGACUAAAUGUUAAAUGGUGACUGAAGUGGCAAGUCUUGACUCCUAGAGGGAGCUAAGUUGGCUGAGAUGUCAUGAGGAGAUUUCUGCCUUUGCCAGGUGGCCUGUGGGACCAGGGCUACCUCUGAGGUCUUGGGUGAUUCUUGGCACAUUAGAGUCUUAGAAGCUUUGCAUUCCCUUGCUUUUCUUCCAUGGCCAGCACCUCCCUGGACUCCUUCCCUAACCUGGGCCUCUGACUGCUGCACCUCUACCUUAUCCCCAGCUCUGCAGACCACAGGUUCAGGUAGGAGCCUCCACAGGUCCCCGGAGAAUACUGGGGGCUAACUUCUUUCUGUGGCGCUUGGUGCCAGCUAUGGCUGAGAUGCACAGCUCAGGAAGCCUCAUAUGGGUGGCAGACAGCCUGCAGUGAGCUGUAGGCCUAAAGCACAAAAACCUUUGGCUUUCUCUUUCCAUCAGGAGAAAGGCAGCUGUUCAGGGCAGAAAAAGAAGCCCAAAUGACCGUAAAAACCUAGAGCUGGUGUGUGAUAUGGAAGCUCAGGAGUCUCACAGGGCUCUGGUCACCUGGGAAGUCUCAAGUUCCUUUUCAGAGAGGGAGGAUUAGGUUUUCAGGUGGCUGAGUUCCUCUAACUUGGGCCAUAUUUGAAGUAAAAAUUCAGAAUUUUAUACUUUCUACACCCCCUGGGAGAAACAAGGUUUUCUUGGGUCAACACUGUUUAUAUGAAAUUAGAGUCUAUAUUUGUUAAUAGUGCCUGCUAAGCCAGUGAAUAAAAACUCAAGAAGCAACUA